CAUCGACUCGAUAGUCCUACGUAAUCGUUUACUGUAGCUAUCAGUGUGCUACAGUGGCUACGCCGCCACAGAAAAAGCUCCCAAGACCACGAACACCCCAUCUUACUUUCCGCACCCUCCACAAAUUGUUGCAUUCACAAACCUCAUCAAACCACUUGUUUUUCUGCACUCAACCUUUAUUGCAGCAUGCACCAUCAGCCUUCUACGACCAGAAGGUCCAUCAAGUGGCCAAUAUGACGAGAAUAACUUCACCAGAAACUUUUUCGCCAACGAAAGAAAUGGCGACACGUUGCAGACCUCCGGACUGUCUAUACGUUGUAGUCGACAGUGUCGCCUUCCCCACGAUCAAUGACAAAGAUGGCUCAGUCGUCACUCCCUUGUCAGGCGGUUUCCAUGCGAAGCUGGACUUCGUUUGUGAAGAUGUGACGCAGGACAACUUGCGUGCGCACCUAAUACACAGCAACUGUUCCGUCUUGGAAUCGUGCUUCAUCUCAACCUUUGAACACGAAGAAACCGCACUGGAAGCGCCUCCCUUUUGCGCCUCAGACAUGAUCAAGAACAAGCUGACGAUUCCCCAUGCAACAAAGCUGAUCAUCGACACAUCGAAACUGCAGGCAGGGUGGAUCGAUACACCUUCUUUCGGAAGAGUGCCAGUGUGGCUUGAAUACGGCGAGUUGCCCAAAGUGCCAAGAGGCGUGCUAUACAUGGCACAAGAAGGCAUCGAUGCAUUUGAUGCGAGCAUCUGGAUCAGUCUUGCUGAAGUACGAGAUAUCCUAGGACUGGAGCCACACCAUGGCGUGAAAGGAGAAUGGUUUGCUUGCGGCUAUAUUCCUCGGAGCAUGGUAGAAGCGCAGGUUGUGCUGCACAACUACCAACGAAAGCCAGAUGUGGCGCAUUAUGUCCCAAAGCGAAGCGGUUCCAUCAGGUCCAUCAGAUCUAUCUCUUCUGAUGAACAGGAAGAGCAUCUGAAAGAGCAGAUCCUCAGAAACAGGGCAUCGCGAGGGGAUUCGCGGUCACAGGUAGCUUUGAAGAAGCAUGAACAUGCCAGAGUCAGGCCACUGCUGAGGCAAGCAAUGGAAAACAGACAGGCUCUAAAGCAAGCGGAACGCAAUGGGAGCGUUGCAUUGCUAACGGAAGUUUCAAAGGCUGAUAUAAAGCCUAGACAACAAGUUAUCUUUCCAUACUCAUUAAUCGGGGAGCUGAAAAAGUUCUACGAGAAUCCUCAUUGGUUUACUUCGGUCCGCUCGCCCAAACUUCGGGAAGCUCUAGAACGGACCCAAGCCUCCAGGUCAAGAGAGACUCCUCGCAAAAAAGAAAGUGCGCCCGUUCCAGAACCUCAAGAUAAGAUAGAUAAGCGUGUGAGAUGCUUUUUCCCGAACGAUCCUCACGGCAGGAGCGUAGGUGAAGGUCCUCCGGGCCAAAGGCAGGUGCGAAAGAAGGUGGUAGUCACAGAGGAUCCGAACGAGCAGGCCUUUGGGGAAGAUGUUGGCGAGAAUCUUGACAUUCAAGGUUUCAAGAAGAGUUCCUUGACAAUUGCGACCGUAGACGAAGACUCGGAGUCGCUUCCACACUCAGAGCAACUUCGCCGCGCUCGAGCGGGAAAGAAAAAAGUCGGCUUCAUCGAGCCUAGUCAUAUUUCUGAGCCUGAGCCUGAGCCUGAGCCUGAGCCUGAGCCUGAGCCUGAUGAAGAGAUGGAGAACAUCUUGAACUCCGUCAUAGAAAUGAGCGACGUUGGAUCGGUGCUGGACGAGCUGGCACAACCCAAGAUCAAGUUCACUUUGCCCGAACCACCUCUCUCGAGCGCAGGUGAAUCGUUAUCAGACGACGCACCUUCCAUGACAGACGAAGACCCACCUUUCGGUGAAGAAGUGUCUGCGAACGAAGCCGAUGUAUCAGAAACUCAAACAUCCGCUUCAGAACGUGCUUUUGGCCGCCGAAGACAAAGAUACCACACUCCAGGUUUACAACACCUAGGGAAACGCAUGGCAUUGGAUUGAGCAGAUAGACGCGUGAUCAAAAGCAAUGCACUGCUACUCGCGUCGGAGGGAGUGAAGGUAUCCACUGAUCGCCAUCACGUGAUAGGCUAGCGUCCAUGUAAUCGAGCCUCUGCUGAACCACAAUACAACACACUUUCCACUCAUUUCAACAACUAGCGAAUAGUGUUGUAGAAUGAAGGAGGUAGGAUUCGUUGAACUGUAUCCAUGAGAUUGAGCGCCGCAGCAGA